ACAGACCCCUUGAAAAUUCUGUUUAACCUCCAGAACACAAAUCGAGAGUUAUCGUUAAGGGCUGUUUUUAAUCACACAAGAUUCGUUUUUUCCCAAGCAGAAUUAAAGAAAAUAAUCCAGAAACAGCGGAAAAGAAAAGGUGGUAUAGAAAAAGCAGGGAAGUACCACGUAAAUCUAGGAGUUGAUCAAAAUUAAGUGACUCGCAAGUGAAUGCAAACUUCCUAGGAACAUUAUAGAGGUGAGGAGAAAAAGAAGAGGAAGAAGCAGAACAUGAAACCUCAGGAAACAGUGAGCACCUCAUACGUAGGAUAUACAGAGUGACAUCAUGGAACCUGCCCAAUCCGAGAUGAGCAUUCUGACCAAUGGCAAGAAUGACCUGGGAGAGGACAUGGGCAUGCCAAUGAAGACGCUCCUAGAGGAUGAUCAAUAUGAGGAUGGUGAAGGGAAUUUGGCAGAAAGUGAGGAGUUCCUGCCUUGUCCUGAGGGAAAGAAGCCCACACGCUUCACCGAUUUUGAGGGAAAGACCUCUUUCGGCAUGUCGGUGUUUAACCUGGGGAACGCCAUAAUGGGGAGUGGCAUUCUGGGAUUGGCGUAUGCUAUGGCCAACACUGGCAUCCUCCUUUUCAUCUUCCUCCUAAGUGCUGUUGCUGCCCUGUCUUCCUAUUCCAUUCAUUUGAUGCUUAAAGCAUCUGGAAUUGUGGGCAUCCGGGCCUAUGAGCAGCUCGGUUUCCGUGCCUUUGGUACUCCCGGCAAGAUGGCCGCUGGUAUCGCCAUUACUCUGCAAAACAUUGGAGCCAUGUCCAGCUACCUGUAUAUUGUGAAGUCAGAGUUUCCCCUUGUUAUCCAGGCUUUCCUGAAAGCAGACCCAUCAACGGAAGAGUGGUACCUGAAUGGUAAUUACCUUGUGGUUAUGGUGUCAGCCAGCAUCAUUCUGCCCCUGGCCCUGAUGAAGCAGCUGGGCUAUUUGGGCUACACCAGCGGGUUCUCCCUCACUUGUAUGGUAUUCUUCCUCAUCUCGGUCAUCUACAAAAAGUUUCAGAUUCCUUGCCCCUUUGACGACUACUCAACCAACAGCACGGUAGUGCUCCUUCAUUCCAAUAGCUCUGAGGCUUCUGUCGGCUAUCGCCUUGGCCACGUCGAAGAUGACUCCCACUGCGGCCCUCGCAUGUUCACUGUCAAUUCACAGACAGCGUACACUAUCCCAAUCCUGGCCUUCGCUUUCGUCUGCCACCCAGAGGUGCUGCCCAUCUAUACUGAGCUGCGCAACCCUUCCAAGAGAAAGAUGCAGCAUGUCUCCAACGUCUCCAUUCUGAUCAUGUACACUAUGUACUUCCUUGCUGCUCUGUUUGGAUACCUGACCUUCUAUGACAAAGUGGAGGCGGAGCUGCUGCAUACCUACAGCAGGAUCGACCCCUAUGACACCCUGAUCCUGUGUGUGCGUGUGGCCGUGCUCACCGCAGUCACGCUCACCGUGCCCAUUGUGCUCUUCCCUGUGCGACGGGCCAUCCAGGAAAUGCUGUUCCCCAACAAGGACUUUAAUUGGCUAAGGCACAUUUCCAUUGCUGUCAUCUUACUCACCUGCAUCAACAUGCUGGUCAUCUUUGCUCCUGACAUCCUGGGCAUUUUUGGCAUCAUAGGUGCCACAUCUGCUCCAUGCCUCAUCUUCAUCUUCCCCGCAAUCUUCUACAUCCGCAUCGUGCCCAAGGAUGAAGAGCCAAUGCGCUCUACCCCCAAAAUUAUGGCUGCCUGCUUCGCUACUCUUGGAUUCCUCUUCAUGAUAAUGAGCUUGAGCUUCAUCAUCAUCGACUGGACAACAGGGAGCAGCAAUGCCAGCCGUGGCCAUUAGGUUCCGCCUCCAUGUAUGUGCGUGUGCGUAUGUUUGCAUGUGUUUAUGAGGGCGGACACACAGUGCGAUGGUCAACAUAUUUUUCAGUUGCUUUUCGUUUAUUUCAAAGAAGCACUAUUCCCUCCAAAUGCCGGCCAGGCUGCUAUGAAGCACCGCUUGGCCAGUGAAGAAGGGCUCUGGCAGCUUUUGUUGUUUUUGCUGUUCACGAAAUAGCACUUAUCUAACCCCUUAGACUUUGUGUUUUUUAAUUGGUUUAUUUUAAAGAGCAUUAUAAACAUUAUUAAGAAAUAUAGUUCAGACUGAAGCUGGCUCGCAGAAACCCACGGAUAUGCAUACGCACAUAUGCACACACGCAUCUUUUCCUCACCUACCAUCCCAGGACCUUAUAAACGAUAGAUUGUACUGUACAAAAACACAGAUGGAGGCUAAUGGGUUUUGAAAUGCUGGAGCAUACUUAUAAGAGGAAAGAUAUGUAGUAUUUUGUAUAUUAAAGCUAUAAUGACAUGCUAUGUUGUAAUUAGGACUUGAGAAUUGUAGUGUGCAAUAGUGUGGAAUGGAAGUCACUGGAGAGAAGGGAUAAUGCAGCAGGUCUGCAGCUGCUGGCCGCCCUCGGUCCACAGGGCUGCUGCUCCAAGCUCAGGCUGGGCCUGGUGCUCUCAUACACUUUUUGACUCUCCCUCUUGGAUAAAUAUUCGGAGUGAUGCAACACGGCUUCAACCAAAUAUGGCAGUGGUGAGAUGGCUGUAUUUCAUUAUGCGCGUAAUUACAGUAUUCUGACGGCAGGAGGUAACACGAAAGAGGACAUUGCAGCAUGAUUGGUAUUUUAGAGUCGAGGUUUUCAACUCUUAUUUAACCGGGGACAGCCAAAGAGACAAGGGCAAGGACCCCCUAGCAUUAAGGCAUUUGUGACUAAAUGACUGAACUCCGGACUGGAGGGGGGGCAGCAGACCUCGUACAAGGGCUCUGCGGACCCCCUGGGGUCAUAAACCCAAGGUUGGAAACCACUGUUUUUGAGUGAGUAGAGUGUGUUUUUAGUGUGACUGAGUGGGAUGCAGGUGACUCGUUAAAUGGCAUAUAACUGUUUCCAGUCUGGCAGGAUUUUGAUCCUUUUUUAAAGGCAUGUUUCUCUUUGAGCAGUUCAACAACACCGAACUGAAGAAAUAAGCUCGUAGGUCAUUCAUCUUUAAAAAUUUCCACUUGACUGUUUAAUAGAGAAGCACUUAAGACCAAAAGACAGUUAUUGAAAUUUGAAGAAUAACCUGCUUCUUGUUGGGAAAAACAAAAGAUAUCAAAGUAAAAAUAAGAUGGUGUCUAUGCACCAGGGUUAGUGUAGUGGGCAAGUUAGAUAAAAGAUAAUAUAAAUUCUCUAGAAAUCAAGGUAAAAGUGAAAAGGGCCAGUGAAGUGGUGGUAUGUGGCUCUGAGAGUUAGGAGUCUAUGACACUGACAUUCACUAUAUCUCUAUAAAAUGGACAGAGUACAUACAUGCAUAAGUAACAUCUAACCAGCUGAACUUUGCUAGCUUGCAUGUGGAUCUCAACAAAAACAUGGAUGAAUUAAACUUUUUGGUAACAUUUUAUGUGGGGGCACAAAUAACGUAGUAGUAAAUCCUUACUUCAUCAUUAAUAAACCAUAAGUGUUCAUAUUUCAUGAUUAGUUCUUGAGUAGUAACUGAGUAACUAAGUUAUUUGUGCCCCCUCAAGUAAAGUGUUUCCAGCUUUUUAAAUUAUAUUCAAGGCAUUUAAUAUAACAGUCAAUAAUUUAUACAUCUGUUCACUUGAGACAUAAUCAAUAGAUAAAGCAACCUAAGAUUUAACUUAUUCAGCAAAUAGCUCCUUUGAUGACUGUUGAUUAAUUUUGUUUGUCAGAUUACCUAAACUAUUGGUGCAUCCUCAUAGCUAUGGAGCGCAGGUACCUGCUCCAUUGUCUGUUACCCAGCAGUAUGUUAUAUAAUAAUAAGCAUAAGUUCAACCGGGUAAAGGAAGCGACAGGCAAGCAGUGAUGACAAAUGAAAACAAAGGAAAUGAUUAUGAAAAAUCUAGCAGCAGCAGGCUGACCUAAGGUAAAUGGGUGAAAAAUACUUUGCUUUGUAAAGACGUUCAUUAGAAGGAUUGUUGUGAUCCUUCUGCAAACUGUGUAAAAAUAAGCGGAAAAUUAUUUGCAUUUUUGAACACAUAUAAAUAUAACCACUACCUAGCUGUGGUCUGCAUACACCAUUACUCUUUUAUCAUCUAUACAUAAAAACAUUUUGUUUGUUGAAACAAACCAUUUCACCAGUAACCUGGUCUGAAUUUAGACAACAAAUAUAAUCGCUGUAAUACUUUCAGAAAUGUUUUAUUAUUAAAUCAUUUUCAAUUAUGAAACAUAAUUGUGUUCCAUUUCAAGUCUGGAAAAUAAUCUUCACAAGUCCAAAUUCCUUGUAAUAAGAACUGAAUUUCCAUUUUGGCUUUUUUCCCACCCGGUAAACCGCUAUUGAAUGGGACUUACUGAAAAUAUCCUUCACUCAAAACAACACAAUACAGCAGUGGAAUGAAUGACUGCUGCAUAUCAACAGUUGAGGAAUGUAGGGUCAAGGAUAAAAGUUAUAUAUGAUAAUGAAACAGGGUUUAUUUGUAUCCUAGUUUCUGCAGUUAUAUGAUUAAGUGUUGUUUAGUAACCCACUUAUGUAAUCAUAUAUGAACACUAUAGAAAGUCCCUAAUACGACAGCAUCCAAGUACUUGCAUUUAUAUGGUCAGAGUAAAUUAUUUUGACAGUAGUUGAACUGCCAUAAACCAGUAACAUAUUAAUUUAUAAGCUUCUUUGGUUGGGCACAUGAAAAAUUGGGAGACUGAAAAAAAUGUAUGAAAUCACAAGGUUCAUGUAUAAAGUAUAGAUGCUAUUGCUUUAUCUACUAUUUAGGCUUUGCUUGUGAGUCUAUAAACUGAUUUCUAGUCUUAGAGCUGUGUAAUAAAAAGUGCUGUUUUGUAUUUCAUUAUUUUAUUGAAUUUUUUUUUCGACAAUUAAAUGGAAGUCCCUUCCUCUUUUGUGUUCAAUAAUUGAACUUAAUUGAUUGGCUUUUGUGUAUGUUUCCAUCUGUACAGGUUUAUUACUGCAAAACGUUCCUCUUUCUUGAAAAAGCGCGCAUCUGCACAUUUUAGUGAGCUAUUUGAGGUUGUUGUGUCUGGCUUAUGCUUCCACUUAUUUAUGCUGACUACAGAGCACCGAUAAUUCUGUUUUUAAGUUCACAAAAAAUUUGUAGCGUGUUUCUUUUGUGCUUCAUCCGUAAUGACAGCUUGGGGCAUCUUUGUGACCCUGACCUAUCGGGAUUGCAUAUCUAAAACAGAUGAAGACCUAUUUGUAUCGGCUGCUUGUCCAAAAGUUUGGCUCAGGACUAAUAAAUUUUAUAUUUUAUUUCCUUCUUUAGUCAAAUGGUAGAUUCUGGGUUAGAGCGGAAUUUUGAAAGGUCACAGCAGAAAUGUAUCACUUCUGCCUAUCAUGCUACUCAUGUAGCGGUAUUAACGAGAGACACCCAUAUUAUGAAAGUACAUAGUAAUACUAUUCACAAUGAUUUUAGAUUUCACCUUACAGGUCCCACUUAAAAUCACACAUUUGCCCUAAAACAUAUUUUCUCAGUUAUUUGUGGAUAUUUAUAAAUAACAAAAAACUUUAUUUAUUCAUCUGAUUCUACCAAGUUCUGUGAGCAGUGAUUUUAAGAAAGAGGAAGAACUGUCAAAAUGCCAUAUCCCUAUUAUUAUUAUACACAGUGGUUUUGUAUACAAUAAUAAACUUCUACUAUAUGCAGUACGGCCCAAAGUUCUCACUCUAGCAUUUGAGCACCAUCCCUAGAAACUGUGAGGAAACUAUUCUAUUCUAUUCUAUUCUAUUCUAUUCUAUUCUAUUCUAAUUGACUGGACACUAGAAACUGGAUACCUGUUAAUAAUAAUACAAGACUUUAAAACAUGCUAAUGUCCCAUGUUACUUAUAAAUAACUUUUCUUUGGCAAUGGCUGUUUUCUUGAUCAUAAAAUGAGUGGUAAUAAAAUAAAUGUAUGAUUUUUGCCAUUUCUUGGUAUAUUAGGCAACAUUUAUAUACGAUGUAUAUAAAAGUAAACCAUUUAUAUUCAUUGAUGCAUAUCCAGCUUGUAUAGUGUAAAUAGUAAAAAGUUUUAGUUUGACAAUAAAAACAAAUGUAAUCAUUUGUAAAUGUG